AUGGAGGCCCCCUCAGCCCAUGGACACAGAGACCGAGUCCCCUGGCAGGGGCUCCUGCUGGCAGCUUCACUCUCUACCUUCUGGAUCCCGCCAGUCACUGCCCAGGUGACUGUUGAACCAGAGCCUGCUAACGUUGCUGAAGGGAAAGAUGUUCUUCUGCGUGUCUACAAUUUGUCAAUGGAACCUCUAAAAUAUGACUGGUAUAAAGGAAGAGGUGUGGACAGCAGUCAACAUAUUAUAUCCUAUAGAGUAGACACUCAAAAUACCACCCCCGGGCCUAUGUACAGCAGUCGAGAGACUAUAUACCCCAAUGGAUCCCUGCUCAUCCGGAACGUUACCAAGAAGGACACAGGAGACUACAACGUAUUAGUUUUAUAUGAUGACUUCACCAGUGUGAGAGAUAUGGGAGGGUUCCAAGUACUUGCGGUGUUACCCAAACCCCACAUCACAAGCAACAACUCGGACCCUGUGGAGCACGAGGACACCGUGGUGUUAACAUGUGGACCUGAGACUCCGGACACAACCUACCUAUGGUCCAACAACAGCCAGAGCCUCCUGGACAGAGACAGGCUGCAGCUGUCCAAGGACAACCAGACCCUCACGCUACUCCGUGUCACCAGGACUGACACGGGGCCCUAUGUGUGUGAGACCCGGAACCCAGUGAGUGCCCGCCACAGCGACCCAUUCACCCUGAAUGUUCUCUAUGGCCCGGACACCCCCACCAUCUUCCCCUCAGACCCUUACUACCGUGCAGGGGCAAACCUCCACCUUUCCUGCCACGCAGCCUCUAACCCGCCUGCACACUAUUCCUGGCUGAUCAGUGGGAGGCCCCAGCAAUCCACACAGGUGCUCUUUAUGCCCAACAUCACUGAGCAGAACAGUGGAUCCUACACCUGCCUUGCCCACAACAAGGCCACUGGCCUCAAUAUGACCACAUUCAAGAUCAUCACAGUCCUUGAGGAGCUACCCAAACCCCACAUCACAAGCAACAACUCGGACCCCGUGGAGGACAAGGACACUGUGGUGCUAACAUGUGGACUUGAGACUCUGGACACAACCCACCUGUGGUCCUUCCGCAUCCAGAGCCUCCUGGACAGAGACAGGCUGCAGUUGUCCAAGGACAACAGGACCCUCACGCUACUCCGUGUCACCAGGACUGAAAGGGGACCCUAUGUGUGUGAGACCCGGAACCCAGUGAGUGCCCGCUGCAGCGACCCACUCAGCCUGAAUGUUCUCUAUGGCCCGGACACCCCGACCAUCUUCCCCUCAGACCCUUACUACCGUGCAGGGGCAAACCUCAACCUUUCCUGCCACGCAGCCUCUAACCCGCCUGCACACUAUUCCUGGCUGAUCAAUGGGAGGCCCCAGCAAUCCACACAGGUGCUCUUUAUGCCCAACAUCACUCAGCGUAACAAUGGAUCCUACACCUGCCUGGCCCACAACAAGGCCACUGGCCUCAAUAUGACCACAUUCAAGAUCAUCACAGUCCUUGCGGAAGAAGACACCACAGGCCUCUCUGCGGGGGCCAUUGCAGCCAUCGUCAUCGGGGUCCUGGCAGGGGUGGUGCUGGCAGCCGCCCUGGCUAUUGUCUUGGUUUGCAAAAGGACCAGCGACAAGCGAGGCCUCCCAGAGCGCCGGACCCCAGCACCCACCCCUGGCUCUGCCCGCUCAGGCCACUCCGCCUCCUCGGUCCCCCUGCCUGACACAGAGCCAGCUGUUCCCAUCUACCAGGAUGAAGAGCUGAAGGGACAGGAGAGGAGAGGUGAGGGCGGAUCUGGUAGAAGAUCAAGCUCACCAGGGUUGGAAGAGAGAAGCAGGAGCAGGAGGGACUGGCGGAGGAAAGGUCUGCAGAGACAGGGAGCAGCGGCUGCGGGGGCCCCUCCUGAGAAGCUGGGGGAGGGCGAAGCUGGACUCAACCUCCUUACCACUGACAUGGGUCUGCUCCUCCUGGCUGGGGCAUCUGCACAAUGCAGGCUGUUAGCACCAUGGGGACCUGAACCCCUAACUGCCAGGAGGAUGCCCCCCCAACUGUGACAACCAGAAAUGACACCAGACAGUCAACUGCAUCCUAGUGGGCAAAGCCCCCUCAUCACACUUCCUGACCUGCACUAAUCUCCAAGUGAAACUCUUCACUUCGAGAGAGGAGUGUGAGUGUGAAGUCACAUCAACAUCUGAGGCCCAGGAGAGCCGCCCCUGGUUGGGGACAGGAGUCACAACACCCUGACACAAACAUUUACUGCCAGAUCAACCCCAGGACAGAAGUGGCUUCAGAUACCCACCUCCAGGUUUUCCUAGUGACAUUGAGAGCCCAGACCUGGGGGACUGUCAAGACAACAAUUGACCCAGAUCUGAGCUCUGGAAUGUUCCAAAAACUGGAUCCAGGGUUACGGUCCAUCUUGGUUUUCUAGAUAUCCUGUUCUGAGCCCUGAAUGAGCCUGGACAAAGCCCAUGGAGCACCAAGAUGUGGGUGCUCCCGGGGGAGUGACCAGGCCUGUGACCCACAAAAUGGCGACAGAGCCACUAUGCCCCUGCAGCCCGCCCAGGGAGGCUGACCCAUCUCAGUUCUGGUCCCUAAACCAAAAGGGACCUCACCUUUUUUGUCAACUGCCCGGCUCCAUCAGGCUGCAGUGGCCACAGAUAUUCUCUAUAUGCAGCUGAAAGAAAGUGCCUCAGCCGUGUACAAGUUCACACAGGCCUUAGACCCCAAACAGCUACCCCAGAGCUUAAGCUGGCCCACAAGUACAGACCAGAGACGAAGCAAGAGCAGAAGCAGGGGUUGCUGGAUGGGCCUGAGAGAAAAGCUGCUGGCAAAGGAGAUGGCCCCCCAAAGCAUCCACCUGUCCUGUUGGGGGAAUAGUAUGUCCUGAAUGAACUCCACCCACACCGUGAGUGAUACCACUCACUCGGUGAAUGAUUUCAGAUUUUCAGGAAUAUGUGUCCUAGUGUGUCUCCAGUAAGUUACUAUGUCCGGAGGGGAAGGUGUGUGUUCUACGAGCAGAAGGGUUCAUUGACAAUGCAACUCCACCGACACCUCCCUGCCAAAGAGAGUCCAGGCGCCAAGGACUACAACUCCCAGCAUGCCAUGGCCCUGCCUUGACGCCGACGUCCUGAAAGGGGCAUGCUGGGAACUAAGGGCGGGGUGAAGCAUCCCUGCUUUCUGGAACACCCUACUGAGGGGCCUGCGCCCGCUUUGUUUCGCCUGCCUACAGCGCGCACCUGGGGUGUCGGCUCAGACAAGUUGCCGGAAAAAAUGAUAAAUUUCCUCCUUCAAAGAAGAAAAAGGGCAAGUUGAAGAAGGAAGAAGUACAGGAGUUUCUGAAGCAGCCAAAUGUAGGCCAAAAGGAAAUGGGAAGGAGGGGUAUAGGGAGGAAAAUCAGAGGAAAGGGAAGGUCCAGGCAGAGACUCACCCCCCAGGUCACUUGAUCAAUCUAAGAGAUCCAGCCCCAGGGGACGAGCUUAGCCCAGAGGAGGAAGCACCUCAGCAAUGACACUCAGGAGCAGCCGUUCUUGGGAGCCUUUCUGGAGCCCCAGCUCUUCUCUCAGAGGGAGCUCAGAGCCGGCGGCACACGCCAUGGAGGCUCCCUCAGCCCAUGGACACAGACGGCGAGUCCCCUGGCAGGGACUCCUGCUGGCAGGAGGAGACACCACAGGCCUCUCUGCAUGGGUCAUCGCAGCCAUCGUAAUUGGGAUUGAGGUCAGGAUGGCGCCGGCAGCCUCCCUGGGGUGUGUCCUGGUUUUCAGAAGGUCUGGCAGGCUGUGGGGCGCUGCCUGCUUUCCUACGCUCGGGCCCCUCUUCCUUCUUCACAGCCAUGGCGUAGCACCAUGACGUCUCUGCUCUGUCUCCACCAGCACAUCUCCUCCUUGGCCCUGCCCUCCUGCUCCCUCUGUCAUGUAUGAGAAAGGGCCUUUGUGAUUCUGUUGGGCCCAGUCAAUAAAACACCAUUAUCUCCCAUCACAUGAUCAUAAGGACAUCAGUAAAUUCCCUUUAUCACACAAAACUUAGUCACAGAUUCCAAGGAUUACCAUGUGAAAUAUUUGAGGGGCCCUUGUUCUGUUACACACCUCUCCAGGCCAUGUUCUUCAUCUUUGUUCACGACCAACGGCUGUGGGCAGCCUGAAUUCACCAUCGUGAGUGUGGGGCAAGUUCCUGCACUGAUGUCCACCGCACCUCACUCCCCCAUGUGAUGGGGACCAAGAGCAGUCCACACCCCGCCCCUCCACUCCUUUCUUGAUUGCGGUAACUGAUCCCCUACUGUGACACAAAGCAACCUGUGUAAGCGCACUACUCUGAGGAAAUGUCUUUGGGUAGAUUGCAGGAUAUUGAAAAUUCAAGAGUGGGGCAGGUUUAGAGUAAAAUUACACGUCAACCCCUGAGAUAAUCUGAGGACAAACUACUUGGCAGUGACUCUUCCUUCUGCAAUUCCCUCUGUGUCCACAAGAGGGCGACCGAGCCAAUACGUACCUGCAGGCUCUCCAGGGCUGCUGACACCACUCAGCCUGGCCCACAAGUCGCGCCUGAUGCUCAUGUCAUCUCUACGACAUUCUCCUCUUCUCUACUCCCCACACUGGACUCUCAGCCCCUCAUAGGGUCAGGCGUCUGCCCCUGAUGGCCCUGCUUUGUCAGGGCCAUCCUUAUCACUCAGUGAAUGCCAUCGCUGAUGCCAUCGCAUUCAGGAAGCUGGGGAAAGGGAAAGAACAUACCCCAAAGGCCUAAAUUGGCAAGUGAGAGUUAUGUGAGAGUCCAGAACAAAAGUCUGAGCCAUGAUUUGGUUGGCUGGAAGUGAUAAAUAGGUAAAUGGUAACCGGAGGAUGUGUGAAGAAAUCAUACAAGGAAGGAGACACAAUAGUUAGAGCUGGCUCGUGUGCUAGUGUGUCAGGCACACUCAGUCUGUAACCAGAAGACUGGAGUUCAGGCCACCUGUCACCGCCGAAUGCCAGUGAAG